AGGAAGAGUAUCCGAGAAGAAAAAUAAUAUUAUCCGUAAAGAAAUUGGAGUAUACUCGGAUACUGCUAAUCAAGAAUAUUCUGACACAGCUGGUCAAGAAUAUCUGAAUACAGCUGGACAAGAAGAUUAUCCGAAUACUUCUUGGCAAGAGAACCGCCUGGAUACUGUUGGGCAAUAG